CACCAUCGCGCUCUCGCUCUCCGUCCCGCGUCGUGUCUCGCAUAUCAGUAAAAACCCAGCAGUGUGUGUAGAGUGUGUCCACCGACCAGCAGCAGUAGUUAGUAGCCGCAUAUCACCACACAACCGCACACUGUUGUGGUGUAGUUGGUUGUGUUGUCACUGCUCUGCAAUACGGACGCUUCCUUCCACGGUCCAGACCCUCACAAAACGACGUUGUUACCGCGCGGCAAAGAAUCGGCAGCAAACGCGCGCAGACACGGCGCAAACUGGUUCAGUUGUAUCCUGUACGCGGUCGGCUGCUGACGCGUGCGCUGAAUGUGCUGCUGCUGCUCAUCACGGGCAGCUGUGUGUGUAUUAGGAGAAAUAAACAAACAGAAGUAAACAACAAGCAGUGGUAUCAAAAACUAAAAACAGAAGAGUGAAUUCCGUGGAACCACCCUCCCCGCUUAUUAAGCGUGAAGUGAGAGUUGGUGGCGCUCGUGCGUGAUCUUGAGAUACAUUCCAGCUCCCUCGCUAGCCGUCGUCGUUCCAAGGCACCAUGAAUCAUGCGCUGGUAUUUAAUGGUGGCAGCUCCAGCCCCGGCAGCUAUUGGGAAGAAGCGAUCAGUCUCGUCGUUCGGCUCGGUACGCUGCUGCAAACAUUAGUCAUCCCGCUGCUGCUGGUGAUCGGGGCGCAAUUUGCGGUACAGCUGUAUAACGGCGUCCGCCGGGAGGCAGAGCGGCUGCUCGAACGGCACGUCGAUGCAUUGCAGCGCGACCGCCAGCGGCUGAUAGAGGAGAUCAAGCUCGAUCUGCUGCGGACGCUCAACAACAAAGGAGCGAAGGAGGAUGAGGAGUCACCGGCGCAGAAGGCUUCCGAGGCAGAGUGUGAUUAUCGUAGUAGUACCAUAAAGCAGUCGGAAUGUGCAUCGGAAAAGCCAACCAUCAUCUCACCCGCACUGUCAUCCACGCCGAGUUCUGGCUUUGUAAAGAAUGGCAGCACAACAACGGGCAGAUCUAAUCAGACCCCAUUGGAGCGGCGACGACCGGCAACAUCGCCCUCCUCCACCAAAGCCACCGAAUGGAUCCCGACCCGCCGCCACCGGCUGGAUCGCAAAGAAUGCAGCAACAUUGUGAAUGAAAUCAUUUAUCAAAUUCAAUCAGGCACGCGAACUGGGGAAGAUUGCGUUAACAGCAGCCCGGGGAAGUCGGGAAUUCCCGAAGGUACUACCCAACGUUCAGGAAAUGCGGAAGAUUCGGCGGUGCUGCGGGAUGUGCACAAUCGUAACGUGGUCGCUCGCAUGAAGACACUGUUCGAGCAGCCGAUGGGGCGACCCCAGAUGACCUCCGUGAAGUUUGCCACCACGCCCGAGAGGCAACCAUCACCGGCGGCACCGGAAUCAACGCCACGGCGACAUUUCAGCAACGUUGUGAACAUUCUUCGCCGCAUCGAACCCAACUCCUCGUACGGGUCGCGCUCCAUCAGUGCUAGCCUGGAGAACCUGAGGCCUGCCGGUGCUGCAGGGUACCCGAAGGCUUCCUCCGAACCUCCCACAGUGAUCCGAAUGCGACGACGCAUCCGCUCCCAGCAAAGUUUGUCCGAAUCGGUCGAGGACAUCCUGGAGUCGGAACGGUUCUCCAAACGCUUGUCCCAGUACUCGAUCAGUGAUCUGCUGGACGAAGAUGAGGCAGAGAGUGGAAAGCAACCGCUGGAGCGAUAUAGUGGAGAAGCCAAGUACGAUCGGGUGUCGCGAGGUCUCAAAACACUUUCCACCUUUUCCCUGUCCGAGUUGCUGCAGGAUGACGAGAUGACGACGGUUGAUGGGGCGGAAGCAGAACCGGAAGUGGUACUGCGCAAAUCGAAACCUAGCGCGACGCCCGCCACCUAUCGCAAUGCCGUCGAUAACAUUGAGCAAAUCCUAAUUGCGGAGAACCUAUCGAAAGACUACUGGAAGUACUCCAUCUCGAACCUGCUGGACAACAUGGAGGAGGACGGUGGUAUCGUGUCGCUGCAGUGAUGAUGUGUG